UAACAAUAAUUAAAGCAUUAUACUACAAAUUUUAAAUUCUAUCAAGUAUAAAGUCGCAUAUAUAAGUCACCUAUGAAGGGUUUAGAAUUUGAGCAAAAACCAUAUUUGAAGAGUGGUGGGUGCUAAGAAAGGGGCCUCUUCCUUCUGUCACUUCCUAGCUUCUCUCCCUUAUCUCUCUAUCUCUUCAUACUUGCUCACAAACAUUGCAAACUGAGAAAGGGCGAUGGGGAAUUGCCAAGCAGUAGAUGCAGCAGCAUUGGUGAUACAACAUCCUAGUGGGAAGCAGGAGAGGAUGUACUGGCCAAUCCCAGCCAGUGAAGUAAUGAAGACCAACCCGGGCCACUACGUGUCUCUCAUAAUCCCUCUACCAUCCCCCGAUGAGGGUUCAGAUGAGCAGAGGACCGUUAGGUAUACGCGUGUUAAGCUUCUCCGCCCGACUGAUACUCUAGUAUUGGGCAGAGCUUACCGGCUCGUCACUACUCAAGAGGUUGUGAAAGUGAUCAGAGCAAAGAAGCACGCACGGAGCAAGAGAAACCAGUCGGAUUCAGAUCAAAACACAGAGGCAAAUUUAGAUAAGGAUGCUACCAAUUCUGAGCACGAGGCGAGAGCAUCUUCAAUGUCCAAGAACAAUCAGGGAAGAAGAUCCGACAGACACAAACAAAGAUCAGGGUCGACAAAUCCUGCUGCAGGACGACUCAAAUCAUGGCAACCAUCUCUACAGAGCAUUUCUGAGUUCGGAAGCUAAAGUAAUAAUCCACAUAAGAUGACAAGGACACAUUUCUGCAGACGCCGUCAAUGAUGAAAUCUUGAAACCUUAAAACAAUUGUGGAGCAAUAAUCCCUUUGUAUAGUUAAAAGAUACUGUUGAAGUAGAGCCUCUUUCUUGACUA